ACCAAAAUCUUUCUCACCAGUAAGGCAGGGUUUUUCUCCUAUAAUAACUAUUAAAUUGCAUAUGAUGUUCAGUCUAAAUACUUCAUUUAAUUUCCCUCUCUCAUUUAAGAGCAGAUGCUUGGGAGAAGAAAUGUUUCGAUAAAUUGAAUUCCAGGAAUGUACCUUCUUUUCUCCUUGAUUUCUAGCUGCACAUCUGGAUACCACUGUGGUUCUCAUCCAUGGAUGCAUUGUCCAUGCAGUUUGGAUAGCGAUUUGGCUGAGAUAUUCUAGGGACACUUCAAGUUCAGAUGGAUAAACUCUCCAUAUGGUCUACAAACCACCCUUCCAAUCCUGAGUUUUCAUGAUUUAUUAUUUCUACAUAAUUAGUUUGAUUCUCAGUAGCUCAUGGGCCAGGAAAAUAAAAACCAGACAUGGGUGAGUGAGUUUAUUCUGCUGGGGCUGUCCAGUGACUGGGGCAUUCAGGUGUCCCUCUUUGUCCUGAUCCUGGCCAUGUACUUGGUGACUAUAGCAGGAAAUGCCCUCAUGCUUCUUCUGAUCAGACUGGACUGCAGGCUUCAUACCCCCAUGUACUUCUUCCUUAGUGCUCUGUCCUUUGUGGAUCUUUGUUAUGCGAGCAGUAUUGCCCCACAAAUGUUGGUCCACUUGCUCUCAGCCCCAAAGUCCAUCCCAUUCCCCAACUGUGUGGUCCAGCUCUACAUUUCCCUGGCCAUGGGUGGGUCUGAGUUCUUUCUGCUGGGAGCCAUGGCCUACGACCGCUACGUGGCAGUGUGCUGCCCACUGCACUACACGGUUCUCAUGCACAAGGGGCUGUGCCUGGGGCUGGCUGCUGGCUGCCUGGGGGCUGGAUUCAUGAAUUCACUGAUGGAAACAAUCAUCACCUUCCGGCUUCCCUUGUGCCACAAUGUUAUUAAUCACUUUGUCUGCGAGACGCUAGCAGUGCUACGACUAGCCUGUGUGGACAUUUCCUUCAACAAAAUCAUGGUGGCCAUCUCAGGAUUUCUGGUGAUCAUGAUUCCCUGUUCUCUGGUUCUAUUCUCCUAUGUGCGUAUAGUAGCUGCCAUUCUACGCAUUCGUUCUACUCAGGGGCGUAGCAAAGCCUUUGGGACUUGUGCCUCUCAUCUUACUGUGGUUUGCAUGUGCUUUGGGGCUACCAUCUUCACCUACCUGGGGCCACGGUCCGCCUCCUCAGUAGAAGAGAAGAUGGUUGCUCUAUUCUACGCCGUGGUGGCACCCAUGUUGAAUCCCUUGAUCUAUAGCUUGAGGAAUAAGGAAGUUAUGGCUGCUCUCCAGAAAGUUUUAGGGAAAUUCAGAAAAAGGUCAGGACUCUAAGAACCUCUUAUUAUCUAUUAUUAAAACCAAAAAGGAGAUCAGAUAUGUGUAGACAGGACUCCCACAUUUAUGCUAAAGAAGACUAUUACAGUUAAAUCCUUGCAUUCAAAUAAAAUAUUCAUCCGCAUGCUUAAUGAGUUUCUUUGUAGAGGCCAGUCCUUGAUAGUUUACAUUUCAGUGAUCCAUGAGAUGACUGCUUCUUA